AUGGCAAAAUCAUCAGCGAAGCGAAGAAAAGUGGCGAAGCAUGAAAUUGAAAACGAUGAAGAAUGUAAGUUUUUUGCGGGAAUUUUGAAAAAUAUUUGAUUUUUUGCAGAUAACAAAAGUAAAACCAUGGCCAACAGUUUCUCCAAGAAAUUCAAAACCAAAAAGCUCACAGACACCGUGCCCACAUUUCAAACUUCGUCAUCAGGCGCGGCGACUAUAAAAAACUCUGAAAAUCACAAUUCAGCAGUGGCGCGUGCUCAAGACUACCAUCACAGUCGCAUUUUUCAAUGGGAACCCGAAGAGGCGGCGAUAGAGGGCGCUUAUUUAUGCGCAUUUUGUCAUGAUGGUGUGCAUCGAGAUGAGAUGGGCGAACUUUUUGGGCCGUAUUAUUUGAAAAAUUUUGCGGUUGGAAAAUAUUGGCCAGGUUUUCUUGCGAAAAAACCGGUUGGUGACUCAUCAUUUCAUUUUUUUUUACUAAUUUGUAUUUAUUGUCGAAAUGUGGCUGACGUAUUAUCUAAAAUCUCCACGCGCUCCACCGAAAUAAACACGCAACGCAGACCGCGUCGCGCCACAACACACACAAAAAAGGGAGGGAAUUUGAAUCGUUCCCUUUUUUGUGUGUGCUGUGGCGCGGCGCGGUCUGCGUUGCGUGUUUAUUUCGGUGGAGCGCGGGGUAAACAAAAAUCAGUCGCGAAAAAAAUCAGAUGCGUCGCGAUCGUGAAAAAACCGCGACGCACAGCCGCACGCGUCCAACGAACUAGAUAAUUAUCUUUACAGAGCAAAAAAGCAGCCGAUCUCGAAAUCUGGUUCCACGGAGAAUGUGUGCUAUGGGCUCCGGGAAUCUAUUUGUCCGGAAACACCCUGGAAAACCUCGACGAGAAGAUGGAGCAAUUCUGGAGCCAGAGCUGUGAUGUUUGCAAGAAAAAUGGUGCGCAAAUCCCGAUUUUGAACCGAAAUCAACACUUUGUCCAUUAUAAAUGUGCAAAAGACGGCGAUUUUGUGCUAGACGAGCAGAAUUUGACCUGCCAUCAUUUGUAA